AUGUCGUGCUCAAAAAUAUUAUUAGGAGAUUUACCUGAAUUAACAUAUGAAAUUAUAAAAUAUUUUCAGAAUGAUUAUUCAAAUUUACUUGAUUAUUCAACUUUACAUUCAUGCAUUUUAGUUAACAGAUUAUGGUGUCGUAUAGCAAUUCCAUUAUUAUGGGAAAAUCCAUUUUCAAUUCCUAAUCGUAACUAUAAUAAAAUGAUUGAAAUUUACUUGUAUAAUUUAAAUGAUGAUGUUAAAACAAAAUUAUAUGAAUAUAAAAUUAUUAAUAAUUCAUUAUCAUCAAGGAAUAUAAUGUUUAACUAUGUAAAGUUUUUAAAAUAUUUGAAUAUAUGUAGGUAUAUGUUUUACGUUGAGAAGUGGUCUGAUGAUGCUACUAGUACAAAACAUUUUGAACAAAAUUUUAUGAGAUUAGUUCAUAUGUCACUAUUUAAAAUUUUUAUUGAAAAUGGGGUAAAUUUACGUACUCUUGAAAUUGAGAUAGGUACUUUAGAUAUUCAUUGUUAUGAUUAUCAAAAUAUUCUUAAGUUAAUUUUACAAAAUCAAAAUUUUAUUCACAAUAUUGGAAAUUUGCAACUUAAUAUCGUCGAUAAUAUAGAAAAUAUGGUAACUAAUAACCAUGUAUUGCAAAUAAUUCAUUUACAUCAAAAUCUUAAGAAAAUUAAAAUAUGUAAUAAUGAUGAAUCUUUAUAUCAACCAUUAUUAUUAUCAAAAGAUCAUAAUUGUUCAAAUACCUUAAAUACAAUCAUUUUCCUUUAUGUCGAAUUCAAAUUUAUAAAUUAUCUUAAUGAAGUAUUUGAGCAAUUAAAUGUUUUAGAAUCUGUUCAUAUUGUUAAAUGUUCUUCCUUGAAUAACUUUAUUCAACAAAUUAUUAAUUUAACCAAACCAUUUAAAUUAAAAUCUUUAAUUUUAUAUGAGGUCCCACAAAUUGAAACAUUGCAACAAUUAUUGCAAAAAUCUGGUAAUUAUUUAGAAAAUUUCGGCGGGUAUGAUAUUUGUUUAAAUGAUGAUAUACUACCACAAUUAUUAAAAUAUUGUGAUAAUAUCAAUUUUCUUUAUUUUCAUGGAUAUGUAAAAAAAUACCCUUUAACUGGUUCAUUCAUAUUAAAAAAUCUAGGACAAAUUCUCCCUUCUAAGUUAGAAUACCUAAGUUUGGUACUUAACGUUAAAGAAAGUGAUUUUAGGGCAUUCUUAGAAAAUUCUCAAGGUGUUUUUGUUAAUAAAUUGUCAAUAGAACUAAGAAGGGGUAGUGAUGAUUCUUUACAUUACAUAAAGGAAUAUAUUAUGAAGGAAAAAAGAGUCAAGUAUUUGGCUAUUAAGGAUAAUGAAAAUAAUAAAGAAUUGUUUGAUUUGAAAGAAGAAUUGAGGGAAUUCGAGUUACAUAAUAUUAGAGUUCGAAGACAUAGGGAUUUAUUUAUUUCUGACUUAAGUGACUUUAUAUGGAGUUAA